GAAAAAAAAAAAGCUAUAAGACUACACGUGGAACAAGCUCUGCGUACACACUGUGCAUAAAGAAAACAUUCUUUAUAUUGCUGGUCACUCACAAAAGAGGAGAGGGUGUGUUAUCCUUAUCUCAGCACAUUCCAACUCAGUCAGCGUACCCCUAGAGGCGAUUCACCACUGAAGACCAGCAAGUAUCACAGUCAUGGAAACUUUUCAAGGUGUGAAACUUUGGAAGGCAGACUGUGAAUCCACCAUGGAGCAUAAAGAGAAACAAGUCUACACGAUGCUGGUACAGCUUACAAGGCCUAGAAAGAUUCUGCAGCUUUGCAGCCUCUCUACUGAGAGUAUAGGCAUGUUGUGUGACUACUUACCUGAUGACGGAUGCCUGGUUACAUCUGAUAUAUGUCCUGCUAAAGAGAAAAAAAUACAAAAACGAAAAGGAACAAAAGAGGAAAUUUUGAAGGAGUUGGCCGCUUUGGGCGAGCAAUACGACAUGGUGUUUAUCGACGCUACGGAGGAGAAUCCUAUAAACUAUUACAACCUGAUUAUGAGUGGCAAUAUGCUAAGGAUGAACGGUGUGAUCUGCGUACAAAACGCUUCUACAAGCAGCCAGGAAGGCAUCGAUGAUGAGACGGGAUUUAUGUCCAAGGAAAUGACAGAUGUAAUUAAGGCAGACGCCAGAGUGGAGCAGGUGAAGUUACCGUCAAACUGUGGAAUUUUUAUUGGAAGACGAAUAUCUCUCUCUCAGACCUCCCAUCCACUGAAAGGAAUAGUGGAAGAUGAUGUUUUUCGAGGGUUUGGGGGGCACGGUAUAUUGGACCGCUUGCGGCUGGAUGGCAAGGUCGCCUAUGUGACCGGAGGAGGUCAGGGUAUUGGACGAGCUUUUGGCCACGCUCUAGGAGAAGCGGGUGCUAAGGUGGCCAUUGUGGAUAUGGACUUGGAAAAGGCUGAGGCUGUGGCACAUGAGCUGCAUUUGAAAGGCAUAAAUUCCGUUGCCAUGGCAGCCGAUAUUAGCAAAGAAGAAGAUGUGAAAAGAGUGGUGGACGCGAUUGUGGCUAAUUGGGGGAGAAUUGACAUUGCGUGUAAUAACGCGGGAAUUAACAUGAAUUCGGCGAGCGAAGAUACCACCCUGGAGGAAUGGGACAAAACGUUUAACGUGAACCUGCGCGGCCUCUUCAUAUGUUGUCAGGCUGCAGGCCGUGUAAUGCUGAGUCAAGGCUACGGGAAGAUAAUUAACACGGCGUCCAUGGCAAGUUUAAUAGUGCCUCACCCCCAGAAGCAGUUAGCCUAUAACACCUCCAAAGCCGGUGUGGUAAAAUUAACACAGACGCUGGGAACAGAAUGGAUUGACAGAGGAGUGAGGGUCAACUGCAUCUCUCCGGGAAUCGUGGACACUCCUCUCAUCCAUUCAGAAGCACUCAAGCCUCUUGUAAAGCGCUGGUUGGCCGAUAUCCCCGCUGGGCGUCUGGCUCAGGUGACAGAUCUGCAGGCCGCCGUGGUAUAUUUGGCAUCUGAAGCUUCCGACUACAUGACCGGACAUAAUUUGGUCAUUGACGGUGGCCAGAGCCUUUGGUAGAAAAAUGGAACCACCAAGAAAUGCCAUAACAACGGACAUCGGGUGGGAGAAUAAUGCACCGUGUCCCCGAGUGGAGGAUGGGCAACUGUCUUACUGUACUCUGAAGGACCUCUCCAUAUAAAUAUUGAUCUGAUGAUUCCACAAAACAAUCAAUUAUAAUGGUUAUUGUACCCAGCAGUGUAUUUAGGCUUUGUGCUGCCCUAGGCCUGACUAAACUCGUGACCCCCUAAUUUAAAUAGGACCCACAACUUCCUGUUUAAGACACACCCUGACAUUUUCGAGUUGGGACACUAGUCAGUCGGUCAAAAAUCCACGCAUGCUCAGAAUCAAGUCGACGCAUGCUCCAAAGCAUUGAACUUAAUUUUUCUCAGCA